AAAAAAAGAAGCUCGACUUUCUGGGACAAACCAAAGAAAGAAAUUAGGUGAGAGGUGAGCGGGGGCGGAGCCAAGGAACGACGGCCCGUAUUUCCCGGGAGGCUAUUUACUUCUCACUUGACUGGGGUGUGCGGAGCCGGAUGUGCGGAAUUUUAGGAUCUUCUCGGUAGGACUGACUCCCUUGGGCCCUCCCGGUGCCCCGGGCUGGCGACCUCGAUGAUAUUACAGUCUUGUGAGGUUACAGAUUAUGAUCUCAUAUUACCGACCUCAGAAGAGUUUAUUUGGAUACGGGAGCGGGGCACCGGUUCAUGCGAUAGUUCUGCUGUCCCCGGCUAGAAAACCAGCACUUCCUUCUACCCCAUCAUGUCCUUAAUGCGAAGUCCGCGGUUACUUGGGAAAGGGCUGGCGGACUUGGCGAAAUUCCCGUGGCCGCCCAUUCCUCGCAAUCGAGUUCCGCAGGCUUUUCCGCGCUUGAUUAGCAGCAAGGGGCCUCCGACCUUCUGUCGUAGCUUCUGCGUGUCCUCCAAACAGGCGGCCUCCUCCUCGAUGGCCGUGACUGUGAACCUGACUCCCGGGCGCCGCAGCCUGUGGGACGAGCCCGUGGCGAUCGCGGUGCACGGUCUGGCCCCGGCCCAGCGGGUCACCCUGCGCGCCUCCCUCGGCGAUGAGAAAGGGGAGUUCUUCCGGUCCUCGGCCCGCUAUGAGGCCGACGCAGGCGGGCAGCUGGACCUGGCGCGGGCGCCCUCUCUGGGGGGCAGCUACAGCGGCGUGGAGCCCAUGGGGCUCUUCUGGAGCAUGAAACCCGACAAGCCCUAUUGGCGGCUGGUGAAGCGGGACGUGCAGACUCCUUUCCUCGUGGACCUGGAGGUGUACGAGGGUCACGACCCCCAGCCCACCCAGCGGCUGGCACAGGUGGUCCACGAGCGGAGCUUCUUGGGGCCGGGGGUGAAGAGGAUCCCGGUGCGAGAGGGCAACCUGCGGGCCACCCUCUUCCUGCCUCCCGGUUCAGGGCCCUUCCCUGGGAUCAUCGACAUCUUUGGAGCUGGAGGUGGCCUGUUUGAAUAUAGAGCCAGCCUGUUGGCUGGACAUGGCUUUGCAGUGCUGGCCCUGGCAUACUAUGCCUAUGAGGACCUCCCCAAAGACAUGAAGGAACUUCAUCUGGAAUACUUUGAAGAGGCUGUCCAGUACCUGAAAAACCACUCUCAGGUAAAGGGUCCAGGAGUUGGGCUGCUUGGAUUUUCCAAAGGGGGUGAUCUGUGUCUGUCCAUGGCCUCCCAUUUGAAGGACAUCACAGCCACCGUCACCAUCAAUGGCUCUGUGGCAAAUGUAGGGUCUGUGCUACACUAUAAGGGUGUGACGAUUCCCCCAUUGAAGAGUGACCCAAAACGUAUCAAGAUGACUGAAGACGGGUUUGCAGACAUUGUUGAUGCUCUCAAGAAUCCUUUGGAGGAACCCAACAGAAAAAGCUUAAUUCCAAUUGAGAAGGCUGAGAGUUGCUUCAUGUUUCUUGUUGGUCUGGAUGACCACAACUGGAAAAGUGAAUUCUAUGCCAGUGAAGCUGCCAAAUUGUUAGAAGCCCAUGGGAAGAAAAAACCGGAGAUUAUCUGUUACCCUGCAACAGGACACUAUAUUGAGCCCCCAUAUUUCCCUGUGUGCCCAGUUUCCUUUCACGCUUUGGUGGGCACAAAUGUGAUCUGGGGAGGAGAAGUUAGGGCCCACUCCAUGGCCCAAAUUGAUGCUUGGAAACAACUCCAGGCCUUCUUCCACAAACAUUUAGGAAGUGAUCUGAUAACACAUCCCCCCAAAUUGUAACUCGCCAUUUAGAAAUUCAGAUGGUAUAUGGUAAGAGUGUAUUGAGAUGAUACCACCUAGAGAGAUUAUUUUUAGAAUAUUUGGAAUAGGAUUUUUUUCUCACCUUUAAGAUAAAGUUGAAAGUAAUAAUAAUUUUAAAGCUCUCAAUGUUGCAUUUUAAGUAAACAGUUUCCCCAAGAAUAAGAGAAUAAUUUUGUGGAAGAAGAGUGAGAGAGUACUUUCCUUACAUGGGAUAUAAACUCCAUAAACCCAUAGAAUUGGCCAAGACCUCCUAGGCCUAUAUAAGCUGCCUAUAAAUUUCCUAGACAUGUUCUCUCUGUGCCUUAAGAAAUUUAUCAGGUCUUAAAAAUAAACAAAUAAGAUGCUGAUACCAAAACUGAUGUGUUGGUCAUAACAACAGCCUUAUCUUUACCUGUCUGUGGAAGUGGUCCAAGUGUGGCAACUGAUCCCAGGAGCUGGGAUAUCCAAGCGUGUUUGGUGCUAGAUGACCAUGACAUACAGAAAAGGCAGGGCAUGAAGACCUUCAGCCACUUCCUUAGGCUGAACAAGUGGACCACCAAAGGCAGAGAAGCUGUGCCGAUCUGAAUGAAGGAUGUAUCCUCACCACAUAUCCUUUUUCUGUUCUGAAUGACUUUCCUCUUCAAUGGAUUGUCAGUUAUUCCAUGGGUAUCUCAUUUUGUUUCAGUCUCACACCUGAGGGACCAGACCAGCCUGGAUCAGGCCUGGUCUAUUAUAUGCAUUCACUUGUAGGUGAUAGUGGGCAAAUGGAUUCUUUCCCAGCCCUGCCUUACUUGUGAACCAAAGAAGAUGGAGUUUCAGUGUGGGAGAGGAAUGCCCCAGCAUCUCUUUUCCCUCCCUGUCAGCACCUUUGUUCCUUAGUAUCUGUCCCCCGCCUCCAAGCCUUUCUGUUCCUUUCCUCAACACUUACUCAGCUCCACAAUUUACAGGACCUCUCAUCCCAAUGAACCCAUUCUAUGCCAAUACAUAAAGCCCAUCUAUACAUCCCAAGACCUCUAAUAGAGUAUGAAAUUAAGUACUGAUUUUAAUUCUAUUUUGCUGAGACUUAAUGAAGCUACAUUUAAUAUUC